GAGAGUAGAGACGCUCUCUCUCUCGAUUUCUGCUAUCUCCACCGUUCUCUCGGGCCUUGAAGAAAUAGUGCCGCUGACGCUGCUAUGUGCGCGUAGUACCUCAGUAGUGCGUCGCGUCCAACCUGUGUAUUUGGUUAAUUUGAACGUACAUUCCUUUUAAUAUCAACGAGGAAGAUUGUAACAGGUGACGCUAUUAUAUAUUACAGGUUUGUGGUGCUUCCAAGUUCAAUGCUAGGACGCUACGACAAGGUAACCGGUGCCCUAUUUCGCGCGGCGCAAUUCACACAAGCUCGCCUCCUUGCACUGCGUUCGUCGUCUCUCGCGCUGAGAAAAUGAUGUCACGUUAGAAAGUGGUUGGCGUUCCAUUCAGUAGGACUGAGAGAAAUGCCGACUUUUCUCGAUAUCUGGUGAAGUGUAAGUUGUAAACCCAGCCUGGAGUCAAGCAUGCCAGCAGUAUUUCUGGAUAGACUGCCCUUGCCAAGCUUGCAAGCGUACACAGUCAUCAGCGUCCUGCUGUUAUCGGGAUCUGUUUAUUACGCUGUUCAAGUCACUUCUCAGCUAGAAUGGAAGAUCAACGCGGCGGUCAACUUGGACCUUUCGACGGAUAUCGACACCACUAUGACUGUGGGAAACCUAACCUUCGUGAGUGGGCACCAACUUACCCUGGAACAGUUUCUCCUCGAACACCACCACUACAUUCGUCGGCUGCUGGAAGUGAUGUAUUUCAUGUUCCAAGAGCCGCUCUGCGUGUGGACUGUAAUUAACAUGGCUUACUGCUGCCUUAUCCUGAUUGGCAAGGUGAUCCAGAAGCUGGUGUUCGGCGAACUUCGGGUAUCUGAACAACAGCACAUGAAAGACAAGUUCUGGAAUUUUGUGUUCUACAAGUUCAUCUUCAUCUUUGGUGUCAUGAAUGUGCAGUACAUGGAUGAGGUAGUUCUCUGGUGCAGCUGGUUUUCUGUGCUAGGCUUCCUACACCUCCUGGCCCAGCUGUGCAAGGACAGGUUUGAAUAUCUGUCGUUCUCGCCAACCACUCCCAAGCUGACCCAUGUGCGCCUACUGGCACUGCUCUCCGGCAUUCUGCUCCUGUCGGUGGGCCUGUUUGCAGUCUGCGUGGUUGUGGGACUCCAUGCUGGCGCCAACACCUUCGCCUUCAUGGCUGCUGAGUGUUCUCUGGUCACAGUGCGUACUCUGUAUGUGAUAGUCAGGUAUGGGAUUCACCUGUGGGAUGUCCAUCAUGAAAAAGUGUGGGAGAACCGUGCUGCCUAUGUCUACUAUGCUGAGCUGUGCUUUGAGCUGACAGCACUUGCCAUCGAUUUCUGUCAUGAUCUGCAUAUGUUGUUAUGGGGCAACAUAUUCCUCUCUAUGGCCAGCCUGGUGAUCCUGAUGCAGCUGCGUUAUCUCUUCUAUGAAAUUCAGAGGCGUGUCAAAAAGCACAAGAACUACCUGAGGGUUGUAAAGCACAUGGAGGCCAACUACCCAAUGGCUACAGCAGACGAGCUCGAGAAAAACAGUGAUGACUGUGCCAUCUGCUGGACCCACAUGGAAUCUGCGAGGAAGCUGCCUUGUGGUCAUCUUUUCCACAACUCCUGCCUGCGGUCAUGGCUGGAGCAGGACACGUCAUGCCCAACUUGCCGCAUGUCGCUCUCAGAGCCCGGAGCCCUUGAUCUGGCUGGGGAGCUGUCGCGAGACGAGGGUCGCAACACUGCCUUGCUCCUUGGUGCCCUUGGAGCCCAGGACGACGCUCCCCGGCACCCGCAAAACACCACCACCAACCACUUUUUCCACUUUGACGGUUCGCGCUAUGUGAGCUGGCUUCCAAGCUUUUCCGUAGAAGUGACGCACACCAACCUGUUAGGAGGACAGCCACCCCCACCUGUGCAGACAUCACAGCUUGACAACAUGGCUCGGCAGGUGCAGCAGAUGUUCCCCAACAUGCCCCUGAACACCAUCAUGGAAGACCUGCGCAGCACCCGCUCGGUUGAGCUCACCAUUGAAAACAUUCUGGAUGAGCGCCUGGUGGCUCCUCCGACAUCUCUCUACCAAACCACUGUGCCUCAGAGCAGCCUGGACAGAGUUUAUGACAGUGGUUCUCAGAACCAUGGGCUGGACACCCGGAAAGAAGCACUGGCAGAUGAAAGGUUCCCAAGAACUCCCUCUGCCAGUACUACAAUAGACUCUAGUUCCUCCAUGCUCCUUGAAGAUGCAGAGCCACCCUUUGCAGCAGAGGAGGCUAUUGCCUCAGGGGACAGUAGCAUGGGUCCCCAAGUGGGUGGUCGCUUCUCCAAGUCUCCCAGUGAGCGAGAGCGCAUGCUGUCACGCAGGAAGGAGGAGCUGCUUAAGAUGGCCAGGAAGAAAUUCCUGGACCGGGCGAAAGGCGGGCCUUCUUAUCGUAGCCUCUCCCUUCGUCUUGCUUCGGAGCUGUCCAGCAUGCCACUGAGCCAGGUUGCUCACAGGAGGCUGCGGCAGUCACACCCGCAGCACCUGGGAUCCUGAGAUGGAGCCCGAUGUGUUGUGAUCUGCUAUGGCCUGUGACACACCCAAACUUGCCGUCCCAGACCACAAAGAGACUGGUGCUUCCACGGGCAUCGACUGUGCACCAGCACUGCGAUGCCUAGUGGGCCUCUCAACGCUCUUAGUAGACAUCUGCUGCUGUGGAUGUUUUCUUGUGUAUAUCUCUGUGGGUGCAUGUGUGUAUGUGUGUGUUGUGACGAAGACCACACUCCUGCCUCGUUGCCAGCAGUGAAUUGCUAGCCAGUGGCACUAGCUACCAUCAUUGGCACUGCCUGGUAAUGCAUUCUAGAAGCUAUGCCGGUGUACUUGUCUGUCGUUUGUGGCAGCAUCGGCUGCUCAACUAAAGCAGCGACAGCUGGAAGUGUAGUCUUAGCAGGCGGCUUUGAUGCUACGUGAAACUAAGUCUGGCGGUUGAGAGGGGGACACAGGUUAAGGUACCUGGCACAAGGUCUUGUAGGACACGUUGCGUCAAGUGGAGUGGUGCUGGAGGUAGCAACCUAAUUCUCGUGUUCAUGCCCAGAUAUGUUGGUGUUCCAAUUUUGCCAUCUCUGGGCACUUUUGUCUGGGUGUUUUCUCGGUUGUGCAAGUGUUGUCCGCAAUAUAGGAGACUUGAACAAUGUGUCUCAUGUCUCCCUCAUCUCAAUUGUGAUUAGUAAUUGUAUGGAAGAGUGACUGUCAUAUUAUUUGCCUCGAAUACUUCAAAAGCCACUGGCCUUGUCAUUUGCUGGAGCUCUCUUGCCCUGCUUGUUUGCCUCUGUGAAUGGAUGAGAAACUUUCCUUAGGCAGUAACAUAUCCUUAUGAAAUCUGUUGCUUGCAAGGCAAUUCUUUUGCUCUUGACCCUCCAUGAUGUGCCGUAGACAGUGUUCCAUUUUAAACUUGUAGGUUUGUUCACCUCUUGUUUGCUUGUGUCCAAGAUGCAUUGUGUGUGCAAGCUGAAUGGUUUUGGGGGAUUUCAACCAGCGCUGCACAAAUUUCAUGUCAUUGUGAGUAUAGAGCAGCUGAUUCACUCUGAUAUUAACUCUGUCCAGAUCGUUUUUGUAGGGUCUCAUUAUCAUAGCUUGCUGUGGGAAACUUUCAAGCGAACUUGAUUCUUUUUCAAGCAGUGCAGCACACACAGGAUGGAAGCAUUUACCCCCUGCACUUGUUAGCUACUGGCUCAUGUGCUACAAAGAAUAAGCUCAUAUUUCAUGGAGACACGUUUUUGCUCCUGUAAUCCUUGGAGGUUAGCUAAAGUAGCAACUAAUGCAACCUAUAUUUUUAAUGGUUUCCCAAAUGAUGAUAAAGAGGUAAUGAGGUAGUAAAGUACUUAUCUUGACCUCAAGUUGUGCUUGUGACAUGUCCUCAAGUUGUGCGAGGUGGCCACCUAGCAUGCAUGUAGGCAGUCUACUACAUGUUGCAUUCUCGUAAUUCCUCUGAGGCAACUUUUUUAGGUAACUGAUUUAAGGUCUAUCCGACGGUUGUGUCUAGCCAGCGUCCAAUUAGGUUUUCAAUCGUAAGCAGAUGCAAGGUUCUUGUGUGCAGUGUGCCCCACCUGCCUUAAAGGAAUCUGCUUUCCGCACUUGUGAGAACAGACUAUUGCUCUUUAUAUUUUUUAUUUGGCAAGUAGAAACAAGCUUCUAAGUGCCCGGUGGUGUUUCAUUGAAAUAAUCUAUUAGCAUUGAAUAACUUUAAACCUAGUAAGAAGCCAUAAGCCUUCCAUUCAUGGGCAACAAGGAGAUGGUAUUAGCAUUUGUAUUAUAAAGAAGACUUCAAGUUCGUCCCGAGCCGUUUUCACUUUCACUAGCACUGCAAUGUCUAGCACUGCUUGGUGAAUUCAACCUGAACCACUUGCUGACUUUGUACUUAAACUACACUGAGUUUAUGGUGUCAUUGUUUCAGUGUUAAGUGGUGGUGUGCAGCUUUGGCUUUAUUCAUCUAAGGGAGCUCCAGUUUCUUGUCUAUCUGCUGCUGACUUCUAGUCGCACAAUGCUCGCUUGUUUUACCAGUCUUCACUACAGUUGAACCUCGUUGAUAUGUUUUUCAGGGGACUGGGAAAAUAAAACUUACAAUCCGGGAGAGGAACGAGAACACCAUUCAGGUGGUGCUAGAGGUGAGACAGAUAGCAGCUGUCAUGAGAAAAUUUAUUUUACAUAAACAUUUGCAGGCGUGAACUCAAAUUGGCUCAGAAAAAGGUUUGUAAACAUUCGCAGGUGUAAACUUAAAUAAACAUACUGUAAAAGUUUGUAUGCGUGAUCUCAAAUAUGUUUAGAAAAGGUUUGUAAGCAUUUGGCAGUGUGAACUCAAAUACGUUCAGAAAAAGCUCGUAAUUUCCAUCUGGUGCUUUGGGUGACUGAAAUGCGAGCUAACGACUGAGUCCUGGGCUUGCGGAGGGGCGUUUGCCGAUGUCCUCAUUGGUUCAUCCCAGCGCAAUCGUGCACAACACUUGAGUACACCAAAGCCGCAAAGAGGUCUUGCUCGAUGACAUGCUGUAGAACACUUGCAGAAGAGGUCACGGCGCGCUAGACAAGUUUUGACAGAAGCUUCUUUGCACAGACCCGGAGGAGUACCAGAACCUGCAGCGCGUUAGCCAGGUGAAGUUCUUGUAGCUUAUCUCACAUGUGGUGUGUGUGAAACCAAGAACAAUGCAACAACACAAACUAGUAAAUGAACAACAGAACAGAGCACAAUGAUUCACUAUCUUCGUUUGAAAUUAAGAAAAUCUGCAAGUGAAAAGGAGUUAGGCGUUUUCAUUUUGCGCUUUUCACAAACUCACUUUUUUUUUCUUGACAAGCAAAAUUAAAAUGGCACAUUGUUUCCUUUUGUUUGUUUGCUGGUUCGUUUUGUCGCACGAUUCUUGGUUCCGCACGUGAAGUAAGCUGCAGGAAUUGUUCCCAGCUGACGCACUGCAGGUUCCGGUACUCCUCCAGGUCCGUGUCAAGAACCUUCCGUCAAAACUCGUCUAGCACGCCGCACUCUGUCCUGCACAUCCAUCCAGCUCCUCAUCCGGCAAGACAAAGACCAAACGAGGUUGGGCAAGACCUUUUUGCACCUGUGGUGUAUUGAAGGGUUGUGCGUGGAAAUGAGGACAUAGACAAACGCCGCUUCACAAACCCGGGACUCUGUCGCUUCUAUCCCGACCCUCCUCGAGCAGGACCACACUUGUGUUAUGUCUUGGGUCGGUAAAGGUAGUGGUGCUUCGCACUAAGCCUCUCGCGGUGUUCUGUCUCGCGUGGUACGUAACAACAGCAUACAACGCUUCUUUUUUGUAUUAAAGACCGACGACCAGUUCGCUCUUUCCACUUUCCCUCGUUUUCUCCUCUCCCUCCUUUUACCCUGCCCACCGUUGCCUGUUUCCUUCUCUCCCAUGGUAAGGAGGAUCUUCUGCCUUGCAGAAUCUUAAGUCUGGUCGUCGGCCUUUAAUGUGGUAGCGUUGCGACCAUAGCGACAAGCGUCGCACUGGACAACGCUGCCACUGUGCAGUCGUUAAGUGGUUUGGUCGGUCAUCGCUGUCCCUCGUCUCCUCCUCUGUGUGAAUGCACUGGGGAGGCGAACGAUCCGCAAACGUGUCGUCACGUGAUCAAUCCGUCCGCCAAUCGGUCCGUCAUGUGAAUCGGUCGGCGUCAUGUCGGUGGCUUUUUGGAUGUAAACUGGGGAAGCUAACGCAUUAGUGGGAAAUUAAUGCACAGGUUCCUAUGGGAGCUCGGUGGGGCCGACACUUCUAAACGUUAAAGUUGAGAAAACGCAAAAACCAGGAACGUAUCAACAAGGUUCCACUGUAGUUCAUGGAACCCCUGAUUUAGCACAUAGACCCAAAGUGGUGGGAAAAGUGCCAGUGCGUACCUGAUUCUAAGCGUCCCCAUAAUCUCUAGCUUUCAAAAUAUAUUUGGAGUUGAUGGUUGCGGUGUUUUGUUUUAAUUUCCGUAAUGUCAUGCCAUGUACUACCCUGCCCCAUUCGUUACUAAUAUAACAAAAAUUUCCUAUCCUUGUUAUCAUUGGUGGAUUGUUGCAUCCGGGGUAAGUACACAAUAUUCAGCCCAAUGGCUUAAAGUAUAUUGAUCCAGACUAUUGGGUAUUCAGCUCUUGGUCUGGUGCACUCUGUUUAGCCCUCUCCGAUUCUGUGAGUGUGCCUCUCCUUGGAGAGCUUUCACGUUUCUAUAGCUUGGCGUCCUGCGUGCGAAAUAUUGUAAAUGAGAGUAUGUGUGGAGUUCAGCUUAAACAGUUCCUUAGGCUGAAUGAUUCGUGUGAAUAACUUGCUGUUGCAGUUUCAGGCCAGUCAGGAGAACUUGGAAUUUGGGAGGGGUGACUGAACGUUCCUGACAAAAGUGGUAAGGCACAGCUCUAGGACCAGUAAAAGCCAAAGAAACAUGCUUGCGAGAGAAUUUGAAAGCGUCGCAGAUAGCUAACAGUUUACACUGGUGGCAUCUCCUGUGCCACCGGCUGAUUGACUUUGGUCCCUUUCCUUGCAUGUUGUGUGUGUGUAUUUAUGUUUUGUCUGUACAUAGAAUUUUACUGACGACUAAGUUAAUGAGGCAGACAUCUAGCGCAAUUUGCACCUUAGCUUUUUGUAAAUCCUUAUUUCUACAAAGAUGAAUAAAGUUGUUGCUCAAAAUUUAA